AUGGACAAAGUGUCUAGGUCAACUCGAUCGGAACCACUGCAACGCAAUAAUGAGUCGUUUGUUGUUGGUCAUUUUCCUCGUGAAGAAGAAAAGACUCCUCUUUUUCUGAUCAAAUUGUGGAAUAUUGUUGAGGAUUCGGCCUAUCAAAACAUCCGCUGGGAUGAAAGUGGUUAUAGUUUCCAUAUCUUCAAUCCGUCUGCAUUUUGUCGUGAUGUUUUGCCGCAGUAUUUCAAACACAACAACCUUAAUAGUCUAAUAAGACAACUUAAUAUGUAUGGUUUCCGGAAGAUGACUCCUAUCGAACGUUCUGGUUUGGCACGUUCCGAAAGUGAUCAAGAUCAUUUGGAAUUUUCGCAUCCGUAUUUCGUACGUGAUCAUCCAGAGUUGCUUGUGAAUAUUAAGCGUAAAUCCACCUCACACAGACCAGCUGAUCCAACGGCCGUAUCUCUAGCAACAAAAGAUCUGUCAUUGGUACUCGAUGAAAUCAGACAGCUUCGAGAGAAACAACGUGCUAUGGAAACGAAAAUGACACACCUUGUUAAAGAGAAUGAAUCCGUUUGGCAACAGCUCUCUCAUAUGAGGACAAUGCAUUUAAAACAGCAACAAGUGGUCACUAAACUUGUACAGUUCUUGGUAGCAUUAGCGCAACCAACAACACAGAAACGUCUUGGCAAACGGAGUUUACUUGCAAUUGAUGAGGUUGGUGGUAAACGAGCGCGUUUGGGUAAAGGUCAGUCUCCACCAGCUACAACACAACCAACAAAUUUGGCUGAAGUAUUGGAUCGGUUACAACGUGAUCUAACUGAAGGUAGUAUGAGUGGUGCAAUUCCAAAUCUGUUCUCACCGCGACCCAAUCAAGGACCCAUCAUCGCUGAUAUUACUGACGAGCCAGAUGCGAGUCUUCUUGCACCAAUGGUCUCAGCUGCUGCAUCUACACUUGAUCGAAAUAUGCUAAGUGCACAAGAACAGUCAGCGCCAUCGCCAUCAUCAGUCAAUCGAAUCUUACCAGCUCAAACAGUGAUAGUAUCGCCUCCGCAAAAAACUGAACCAACCAUUCAACAAUCUCAAAAUUUCGCUUUUAGUCCAACAUUAACGCUAUCACCGUCAUUUGACAGACAACUCUCUGCUGAAUUGGCUGAAUAUUUGAGUUCGCAAGAGCAAGGUAUUGAUAGUUGUCGCGAUGUGAUUGGUGGUCAUUGGGAUUUGAAUUUGGAUAAUUGUUUGGAGGAUGAGUCAAGACAACCACAGCAACAACAACAACAACUAAUGCUACGGGGUACUGUUGAUCCCAGUGUUGCAAUGCCGGAUGAACUUGGUACUCCUGAUCUUCUUACACCCAAUUCGAGUCCGCAGAGGAAAGUGGAACCAGAUCCCUAG